AUGGUAUCUUCAACUCCAGCUCGGUCGCAGCUCGACACCUCUCAUUCCUACUUUCUACAACCAUCUUCUGUAUCUGGUGGACCUCCCGUGGGCUUACUGCUUCGAGGUGUAAAUCUCAGCUCCACAUCCAAGUUCCCUACACUACCAAACUCUUUAUCCCAGUAUCAGGAUCUCACAGGGGUUAGUAGAUCAGAUAGAGAUCAGAAAAGACAGAUCUUAGCUGGACAGCAGAGCCAUUUGGGUGAAGAGGAAGUUGGUUUCUACACUGAAGCUGAACAAGGUGGAAGAGAUGGAUGGUUCGUUGGAAGACCUUUCCCUCUAGAAGAGGCAGAUGUACAUCUGAGAAGACUGAAAGCGUGGGGAUUCACUACAAUUCGAUUUCUGGUAGUCUGGGAAGCAUUAGAACACGCUGGACCAGGUAAAUAUGACGAAGGGUAUAUCGACUAUACCAUAUCAAUCUUACGAAAAUGUCGUGAACACGGGAUGAGAGUUUUCAUCUCCCCUCAUCAAGAUGUAUUCUCGAGAUUCACUUCAGGUUCAGGUGCUCCCUAUUGGGUCUUGGAAGCACUGGGUCUGAAUCCCAAAAGAAUACAUCAAACUGGCUCAGCGGUAGUGCAUCAAUGUUGGGCGACACAAGGGUAUGGGGGUGAAGAAGGUAUACAAAGUGUCAAAGAGGGAAAUCUAGAUGAUUGGCCUGAUAUGAUUUGGAAUACCAACCUUCAUCGUCUAGCUGCAAGACAUCUUUUCACGAUGUUUUGGGCGAGUGAUAAAUUUGCUCCGAAAUGUAAGAUCGAUGGUAUAUCAGCCUCAGACUGGAUACAGAAUCAUUUCAUCGCUGCUUAUGGACAUCUUGCCGAUCGAUUGAGGGAUGCUGGAGAUAUACUAGACGAGUGCUUGAUAGGAUGGGAUAGCAUGAACGAGCCUUCGGAAGGAUUUAUUGGUAUUCCAGAUCUGAAUCAAUGUCCACCUGCUCAGAGCUUCAAGAAAGGGCCAAGUCCAACUCCCUUGCAAGGCUUCAUACUAGCCAAAUACUAG